AGGAGCUGCGUCGCCGAGAGUCUCUAUGUAGUGGAAUCAUGGUGAGCUUCUGUGACAGGCGCGGUGGACUCGUUUCUCUGCUCUCCGAUACGCUCUGUGAACUCGGGGUCCUUGGUGAUGCUCGAACCCAUGCUGGAGUACUCUCGCACCGCAUCUGAGAGGUCAGCGGCGUCCGCGUAGCUCUUUACGACGAGUCCCGUGAAGUUCCCUUCAUCCCGGAUGCUCAGAGGUAGUUGGAAACGUGUGGAUGACCCUGCUGAAGUUUUGUUCCCUCCGUGGGGUUCUAACCGUGAGCUCAACGUGACCAACGCUCACCAGAAUUGAACGCAGAAGCAGAGAUGGAGAAGGAUAAGGUGCCCUUGGUACCCUCACUGCCCAGAGCAAAUUCGAGACCGUCUCAGAGAGUGAUACUGAAGUACUUCUCGCUACUUGUGAUUGUCAUUCAGACAACCAUCAUGGUCCUGCUGUUACGAUACUCAAAGACGCAAAAGGUCACUGGCGGCCGAUACCUUUCUUCUACUGCUAUCGUCGUGAGCGAAAUCUUCAAGCUCCUCGUGUGUUUCGCGGUGCUCGCAUCGAGGGCAGACGGCUUGAAGAAAACUCUCAGAAUCGAGGUAUACGGCAAGCCGCUCGAAACAUCGAAGCUCCUCAUACCUGCAGGACUCUACACCAUUCAGAAUAAUCUGCUCUUCCUGGCGCUGGGACGUUUGGACGCUGCAACAUAUCAGGUCACCUAUCAGUUGAAAAUUCUCACGACGGCUCUCUUCAGCGUGCUUAUGCUGAAGCGACGUCUCUCGAUCCAACAAUGGGUUUCAUUGAUACUGCUGAUGUCUGGAGUGGCUCUCGUACAGCUUCCUCCGGAUUAUCAGUUCUCGUAUAGCGGAGCGUCCAAAAUGUCUCUGAAUCAUCUCGUUGGGUUGGCCGCCGUGCUCUUGGCGAGCUUGUCCUCCGGAUUCGCUGGUGUUUUUUACGAACGGCUUCUCAAACAUUCAACUCAAGAACUAUGGGUCCGGAAUACGCAACUCGCCUUAUUCGGAAUUUUGUUAGGAGCUGCUGCCGUGGUACUUGUUGAUCUGGAGAAAGUUAUGGAUGACGGUUUUUUCCAAGGAUACAACGCCAUCACGUGGGCUGUUGUCUUCCUUCAAACGUUCGGGGGUUUGGCAGUUUCCUAUGCGACCAAAUACGCGGACGCCAUCUUGAAAGGUUUCGCGACGAGCAUCUCGAUCGUUCUAUCGACUGCGGCGUCGUGGUGGAUUCUCGAGGACUUCGAACCGAGUGUCAACUUUUUCGUGGGAACGGCCAUUGUCAUGAUGGCCACAGUGUCGUUCGGCAUGCCUGUGAAGAAAUAGUCGAUCAAAAAAAUCCAUGGAUGUUCGAAUCCCGGUCGUGUCGUUGCUCACUCAGACCAGUAACGAGCCAUAGCAAGUCGGACCAUUCGCGUUCUACUGGCAGAAGCUGAACUCUGCACGACCGACCUUAGUUCGAAGUCGCCCGGUGCGAGAGGGCGCCCCAAGGGCGCUUCCUCGCCCCCUGGUACCCACCGGAUGAUAAGCUCGAAGUACAGCUUUCCUGAGUCACAUGGUGCAUUCUAGUUAUGUAUAUAGUCUGUACAGGAGUGUUAGAUUGUGUUUAAGAAUAGGCAUCAGGGAAAGGAGCGGCGUCUACAAUAAAAUCGUUUCCAUAG